UCAUAAAUGCACCCCAACGCAACAAACCAGCAGCCUUAAACCCUGCAGCACGCUCGCGCUCUCUCCAAUAAAAGCUGGCAAACAAGCUUAUUAAGCUCGAGCUUUUCCCAGUAAGAGGAGCGGAAUGGAAUUAGAUGGGUUUUAAAAGACUGCUGGAUGGGACAAUCAAGACUGGGCUAGGUUAUAGAACUAGGGAGCUGUGCUGAGUUUCGUCUCUCUUAUUCCCUUGGUUUUGCUUUGCAUCUCUCUUUCUCCUCCUCCUCCUCUUGUUUGUCCGCCCAUUUGGUUCAGAUGUGGGAUGGGUGACCACAACAGCAGCGGCGUCCACCUCAACAGAGACGUUGGCAGCAGCUGGUCAUUUUCUGCCCCUUCUCCCUUCUCCACUUCGUCGCCAUCGUCGUCGUCGUCUUAUUCUGGACAGCACCAACAGGGGCAGGGCUUCUCCUCCUUGCUCGUCCACAUCCCUCCUCCGGCUUGCUCCUACUCCUCGAUCGCUCGGACGACGGCGGUUCAGAUGCCCUUUCCUCCCGCCGGCUCUGGAUGCUCCCUCCUCCAGGGUGCCGGGAAGCCACUGGAGCAGGAUCAUGAAGCCCGUGAUUGUGAGAGCGAGGAAGGUGUGGAGGUGGCCGAGGAGCCCGCGAAGCCGGUCCCACCUCGGGGUUCCGGCUCGAAGAGAAGCAGAGCUGCCGAGGUUCAUAAUUUGUCUGAGAAGAGGAGGAGGAGCAGAAUCAACGAGAAGAUGAAAGCGCUACAGAAUCUGAUUCCCAAUUCUAACAAGACUGACAAGGCUUCCAUGCUUGAUGAGGCCAUUGAAUAUCUUAAGCAGCUACAGCUCCAAGUACAGAUGUUGUCGAUGAGGAAUGGUCUAAAUCUAGAUCCCGUAUACCUAUCUGGAGCAUUACAACCUUUGCAAACUUCCCAGAUGUGCAUGGGAUUUGGUGCGGAUAAUGGCACAGCAAUGAACAUCGGAGCAGGCAUGCUGCCCUUGAACCAAGAUUCAGCUGCUCAGAACUCAUUUGAUAUAUCAAAUAGGUCCGCAUCUGCCCAUCAAUCUAUAGUCAUUCCCAGUGUAACAAAUAUCACAAAUCCAGAAAAUUCCUUCGGGAUGGAGCCAUCACAGUCUCACCAGGGCUCCUUUCAGUUGCCGGUGUCUGCAGAGGAGAUAUUCACAGAAGACAUGGUAGCAAGGCAACAAUUAGCGGCAGAUCAGACUACAAGGAAUCUGCCAGGGAAUGAGAUGAAGUGCAUGGCCAUGGCUUCUUCCCGACAUUUCAGUGAGCAAUCAUCAUCAUUGGUGCAUGAUUUGGAGGAAUGUGUCAUAGGGAGAGAAAGACCAGAAAAUAUGCCAUCCAAGGACCCGGAUAACCCGUUACUUGUUCAGCAUUUCCAUGGCUUACAGACUGGAAGUAGUUUUUCCAGCGCUGAUGCAAAGGAAGAACAACAGCAUUUUUGAAGCUCACCACAAUGGCCUUAGAAUGCUUCCCUGGCUGCAAACGACAUGAUGAAACAAAAUAUGCUCAUCUGUCUCUUGAACUGCGGAUGUACUGUUUCUAAAUUUAAAUUGGACAUGCAUUUGUAUUUCAAAAUCACAAUCCUUCAGCACCAUGCAGCACAAAGCAUCGCAUGCUGGUGAAGCAAUCUAUGUCUAUUGUAAGAAAGGAAAGAAAAAGGUCAUCUGUGAAGAAUAGAUCAAUUUGGGAUUGAAAAUGUACUUGAAGAGCAAGAUGAGUACGUUGGCAAUGUAGCACUUGAUAUAUCCUUUCAAGGAAAGCCAGGCUUUUUUUUGGGUCGCAGGAUUGUUGUGGCUUCCAUGAUAGGUUGAUGUUCAUGUUUUAGUGGUGUCCCCACAUUUUCUGUUGGGGAUCUGGAUUUUCCUUGGAGGAUCUGGAUGAUAUUCUAGGGACGGUUCUGAGGUGAAUGUAUGAUAAUGGCAUCUUUGGACAUCUGGAGACGGUUCUCUCUCUCUC